UACACAGUAGUACUUUCCGGCCCGCGCCCGUUACAUAUCCCAUCUUCUUGCCUUGUUCUUUCCAAGAAUACGGAUACUCCGUCUGCAACGUUAAUCGCAACCCGUGCAACAAUCGUAAAGUAAUUUCUUCCAUUUGCGCGGACGAUCGAUUCAAGGCUCUAUACGACGGACUGGAAGCAACGAAAGAGGAACACGAAACGGAAGGGAGAAAGAAGGAAAGAAGUCCAGAAAGACAAAAAUGGCCUCCCUCCGCCCAGCGACCCGCGCCGUCACCCGCGCGCGGCCGUCUCUCGCAUCCGCCGUCCGCCUCUUGCACCCCAACCGCUUUGAGUCCUCUUCUUCCUCUUCCUCAUCCUCCCCGUCCCAGCAGACCCCGGCCGAGGACCUCCAAGUAGGCGAGCUCCAGGGCGCCUCCUUCAGGAUCGAGCCCCUCCGCCGCGUCGGCGAGGACCCCGCCACCAUGCGCGCGCGACUACUUUGUAUGCCUCCCCUUCCUUCCCGCUUCCCCGUCCCUCGUCCGGACGCACACAUAGGGGGGCGGAGAGAGAGAGAGAGAGAGAGAGAGAGAGAGGAGAAGAAGCAUGGAAAGCUGACCCAGUUCCGUGGGACAGACCAAUCUCGCAAGCGCGGCACGCUCGAGUCGGACCUCCUCCUCUCCACCUUUGCCUCGGCCCACCUCGCCACCAUGACGCCCGCCCAACUGGCCGAAUACGACCGCUUCCUGGACGAGAACGACUGGGACAUCUACUACUGGGCCACGCAGGACGCCAACGCCGCGCAAUCACAACAGCAACAGCAACAGCAACAGCAACAGCAACAGCCGCCGCAGCAGCCGGAGCAGUCCCCGCGCCCGGGCGAGUGGGCGCAGACGGUGGGCACGUUCAAGCCCGCGUACCGGCCGGUGCCGGCGCGGUGGCGGGACAGCGAGAUCCUGCGGAUGCUGCGCGCCCAUGUCGAGAGCCGGAGGGGCGCGGGCAAGGGCGGCAUGGGGUUCAUGCCGCCCCUGGAGGAGUAUAAGCUGUGAGGGAACAGGUCGAAGAGAACGAGAGGGCUUGGGUGGUCUGUAUGAUGGUUAAAGGUUGUAUUGUAUCAUGUGCUGUAAGAAUUGGUUUCUCUCGUGUUCUGUCUCUCGGGGGA